GUCCCUCAGAAUCCUGCUGCAGCUGGAACUGGAACAAUGGCAGAAGAAAAGAUAGAGAUGGACAACAUGGAGCCGUUGAUGGAGGAACACAGGGAAGAACCUGUGAGAGUUUUUAAAAAGUUUGAGAGAAUCUUCCAGCCCUGUAUAGCUGAGAUCAUUGGUACCACUCUGUUCGUGUUUAUUGGCUGCGUGUCGGUGAUUGAGAACGUGGAGGCGGCUGGCAGGCUGCAGCCCGCUCUGGUACACGGGCUGGCAGUGGCUGUGCUGAUCGCAUGCCUGGCAGAGAUAAGCGGUUCCCAUUUCAACCCCCCGUUCACCAUCGCCAUCUACCUGUGCGGAGGAAUCGACCUGUUCCUGAUCGUGCCGUACUUGGCCUGUCAGCUCACCGGGGGCUUGAUUGGUGCUGCUAUGGCAAAACUGAUGACAUCCAAUGAAAACUAUGCCAAAGCUCACGGAGCAGCCUUCACAAUCCUGCAGUCGGAUGAGCAGCUGCUGCAGGUGCUGUUUCUGGAGAUUUCUAUGACUGGGAUGGUCACCAUGGUGGUGCUGUUGGGGGCUGUUAAUGGCCAAAGCAAAAGCCCACUAAUUCCUUUUCUGGUUGGCAGCGCUGUCAUCAUUUGCGUGCUGGCAGGGGGUGAUAUAUCUGGCACAUGUAUGAACCCUGCUAGAGCAAUGGGGCCGGCUCUGAUGACCGGCUACUGGACUUACCAUUGGGUCUAUUGGGUUGGGCCCAUCACUGGAUCACUGAUUGCAGUUGCAAUAGUACGACUUCUUCUUGGCGAUCGGAAGAUGCGGGUCCUGUGGAAAUAAUACAUUCAACACUGUCCAAAGUUUUAGAUAGUUUACUGAAAAUACAGAUGAAAGUACUGGCACACCUGCUCAUUCAUUUUUAUUCUGAAAUCUAGUACAUUAAAAAAAGAGAUUACCCUGCUUUUAUUGGAGUAACGGACUCUACUGCCCAGGGAAGUGUUCUAGCAUUGCUGUGAUGAUUUGAUUGCAUUCAAUGUCAAGAGCAUUAUUGAGGUGGGGAUGUUGGAUGAUCAUCAUCCCACCUCAUCAUCUCCAGCUUCCCAAUUCAUCCCAAAUAAUAAAAUAAAAAUUAUUGGAAGGAGCUCCAUCAUUCCAGAGAACACAGUUAAAUUAAACACAUCAAAUUCCUGGCACAGGCAUUAGGUGCCAGUAGGUUCGUGGUUAUCUGCUCCAGAGAGUCCUAAUCUAUUGGCAAUACUUUUCUAAAACUGUGUCAGCAAUGUGUGUCAUUUUGUUCUAUUUUCGUCCAAUUUAGCUAGGCCAAUUGUCCCACCUAUUUAGCUGCUAGUCAGCUGUAUAUCCCCCAUCACAAGUGAUGCCACAACACAAGGAGCGUGAAGACUAGCACAUGCCUCCUCCGAUACAUGUGAAGUCAGCCACCGCCUCUUUUCAAACUGCUGCUGAUGCAGCAUUACCGAUUAGCAUCACAGUGCACCAGAAGGAAAGUGCAGCGACUCGGUUCCGAUACAUCAGCUCACAGACGCAGCCUUGUGGUGAUCGACAUCGCCCUAGGAGUGAUGAGGGGAAAGAGCGCCAUCUACCAACCCAGAGAGAGCAAGACCAAUUGUGCUCUCUCAGGGUUCUGGCAGCUGAUGACAAGCUGCAUGACAGGGAUUCGAACCAGUGAUUAUCCCACAAUCAUAGUGGCAGUGCAUGUACAUGUGAAGAUACUGAACAUUCAGUGUAAGGAUUUUGGAGGAGAAACAAGAAAAUAUAAGUAGAUAUAAAUACACUGUUACAUCAUUGUUUAUCUAUGUUAACACAGCAUACUACUACUACUGAUUUGUAUAUGUUGAGCUAUUUUUCCAGCAUUAAGACGCACACACAUGUAGCCUCGAUUUUCUUCAGUCAUAGUCAGUUAAACCACCAGAAAAAAGUUCUUAAUUUUGCAUUAAUUACGCAAGGUAUACAGUUGUCCUGCACGAUUCAAUAUUUAUUUUCUCCCUCUGAUCAAUAUUAAAUAUGUCUUGUAAUAAAACCUAUUUUGUCGUGAAAUGUUAUAUAAUGUCAUGUUGCUAACUAUUCCUGCGUAUUAUGACGUCAAAACUGAUAAAUAAAAUGUAAAGAAGUUCA